AUGCCCGAACUCAUCCAAGUGAACGGAGUGAAAUUGACUGCUCAAGAAAUUGAGGAGCUCAAGCUCAUUCAAAAAGUUCAGUUAGACUUGAUGAAACGGUGCAAACUCCCAAUGUUGGCGGUCCAACAAAGACGCGCCCCGCCGACGGCCGACGAGCAACUGGAGAUCGACGGACGGUCCGUGUUCGUCGGAAACCUCGACGCGCGGACCACAAUCGACGAGAUCGAGGAGAUGCUCGAGGGAUUCGCCCGUGUGAAACGCGUCACAAUUAGCCAGAGCGGACGGGGACGUGCCCACGCUUUCGUCGAACUCGGAUGCUUGGAAGACGUGCACAACGCGAUCAUUCUCAGCGGAAUGAUCAUUCGCGGACAGGCGAUCACUAUCUGUCCCAAGUGGUCGAAGGAGAAGCCGAUGGCGGAUGGUCCGAAGAAUCAGCGACGUCAGCCGUUGGGCAACUUUAAUAAUAAUAGAAACAACAUGAGAAUCGACCGACGAUUCGUCCCUUACUAA